GUCCCACGUGACUGAAGGUUGCACGAGAACUUCUCGAUGUUCGCAGGACACAUGGCGGCGGGAUCAGCACUCCAGAGCUCCUGUUUGGAGGGUUUGGCUGAGGGGGACAUCCUGGAUCCAGAGUUCCAGCAGCGGUUAGAGGAUGCCCGUGCGCUACUGCGGCAGGAGAUCCAGAGGGAGCUGAAGAUCAAGGAGGCAGCAGAGCGGCUGAGGCGUGUGGUGACAGGCCGGAAGAGUGCCGCCGAAGUGGAGGGCCAGCUCCGUGCCUCCAGCCGCAGGUUGGAGCAGCUCCACUGGGAGCUUCAGGAGCUCAAUGCCAGGGCUAUGGCCGCUGAGAAAGAGAAAUCUGUAGAUGACACCACCUCUCCUGACCCAUGUCACUGGGAGGAGAGCACCUCCCCACUGGCCGCCAGGAUCCGCACCUUGAAGAAGCAGCUGACCGUAGAGAUCAAAGUGAAGCAGGGUGCGGAGAACAUCAUCCAGAGCUUUACCAACAGCUCUGUUAAGGAUCGGAAACUGUUGUCCACCGCCCAGCAGAUGCUCAGAGACAGUCGAACUAAGAUUGAGCUGAUCCGCAUGCAGAUUGUCAAGGUUACGCAGGCCCGUGAGGGUCGGGAGGGCAUUGAUCCCGAGGGGCGCCCGUUGGACACAAUCAGCCCACUGGAACUACGAAUAGCAGAGCUGCGCCACCACCUAACGAUUGAGGCAGCAGUGGCAGAAGGGGCCAAGAAUGUAUUAAGGCAGCUUAGUGGGAGGAAGGUCCAGGAUCGACGUGCUCUGGCUGAGGCCCAGGCCCGCCUUCUGGAGUCUUCUCAGAAGCUGGACCUCUUGCGACUUUCCUUGCAGCAGAGGCUGAGCGAACUGCCCCUGGAUCACCCCCAGCGAGCAACCAUCCAGGAGGAGCUGACUGUAGGAGCCACUCCGUGCAUGGGGCCACAGCGCUCUCGAAUGUGCUCCUCUUCCUCCUCAUCUUCCUCAUUGUUUAAACCCGCCUCUCUCACAGGCAGACUAGAUGUGAAGCUGAUUGGCUGUCAAGACUUGUUGGAGUCAAUGCCUGGGCGUUGCCGUGAAACCAGUAUUUCCAUGACACCUGGGACCCCCGCUGAGGGCCGAUCUCUGAGGGUGCGAGCCGGGCUGUCGGGUCGAGGAGGUGGAGGCAAAACGAGCAAGAUGGAUGAGUUCUGCAUGGAGGUGAGUGGGGUGCUGAAGCUGGACAACCACAUGGUAGGUCGCACCCAAUGGAGAGCCCCAAGCCCUAAGGCUUGGAACCAGAACUUCAGCAUCGAACUGCAGCGUUCCCGGGAGCUGGAGAUUGGUGUGAACUGGCGGGACUGGAGGGAGCUGUGUGCGGUCAAGUUUCUCCGACUAGAGGACUUUCUGGACAACCGGCGGCAUGGCUUGAGCUUGCAGCUGGAGCCCCAGGGCAUGCUGCUGGCUGAGGUGACCUUCAUUAACCCUGUCAUUGAGCGGCCCCCCAAGCUGCAGCGCCAGAGGCGCAUCUUCCCCAAGGAAAAAGGGAAGAACUUCCUACGGGCUUCACAGAUGAACAUCAGCUUGGCCACAUGGGGCCGGCUGGUCAUGAGUGUGUUGCCCCCCUGCAGCUCCAUGACAGCUGUGAGCCCCCCACUGCCUGAGCCAGGUGUCAUCUCCCCACCAUUUGCGAGCAAGGACAUGUCCACACCUCCACCACUUGGGAAAGGGGCUGUAAUGAGGCUUGACUUCAGUGAGGAGAAGCUUCCAGGGAAACCAGGCAGCCACAUGGGAAACUCUCCUCCAGAGAGCCCUUUCACCUCGGCAAGCCCUUGUGAGAAUCUUCAUGCUCCUCCAAAGCCCUCAAGAAAAAAUCACACUGAGGAGCUUAGCGUGAGUAGUGGCGCCAUGCAGAUGGAGGACUUCAGCUUUAUUGCGGUCCUGGGAAGAGGCCACUUUGGAAAGGUAUUACUAGCAGAGUCCAAGAGGACAGGAAAGUUGUAUGCCAUUAAAGCCCUGAAGAAAGGAGAUGUCAUAACUCGUGAUGAAGUGGAGAGCCUGAUGUGCGAGAAGCGCAUCUUUGAGACAAUCGGAGCAUCCCGACACCCCUUCCUGGUGCACAUGCACAGCUGCCUCCAGACAGCUGACCACGUGUGCUUCAUUAUGGACUACUCCCCGGGUGGAGACCUGAUGAUGCAUAUCCACAAGAACGUCUUCAACGAACAGCAGACCAGGUUCUUUACUGCUUGUGUGGUUCUGGGGUUGGAGUUCUUGCACCUCAGUGGAAUUGUCUACAGGGAUCUGAAACUGGACAACCUGUUGAUGGAUGCUGAUGGCUAUGUGAAGAUUGCAGACUUUGGGCUGUGCAAGGAAGGAAUGGGACACGGGGAUCGUACGUCCACAUUCUGUGGUACUCCAGAGUUCUUGGCUCCCGAGGUGCUGACGGAGUGCAGCUAUACCCGUGCUGUGGACUGGUGGGGCACUGGGGUCCUCAUCUUUGAGAUGCUUGUUGGAGAGUCUCCAUUUCCUGGCGACAGUGAAGAGGAGGUGUUUGAUAGCAUUGUGAAUGAUGAAGUACGAUACCCCAGGUUCCUCUCACCUGAGUCGGUCUCCAUUAUCCAGAAGCUGUUGAGGAAGAACCCGGAGAGGAGACUGGGGGCUGGAGAGCGGGAUGCCCAGGAGGUUAAAGGCCACAAGUUCUUCCAGGAAAUCGACUGGGUAGCUAUGCUGGCUAAAAAGAUGAAGCCCCCCUUCUUGCCCUCCAUCAGGGAUGCCACCGACAUCAGUAACUUCGAUGGGGAGUUCACACAUCAGCGACCUGUCCUCACACCCCCACAAUCGCCAUACUUCCUCACGGCUGACCAGCAACGCAUCUUCAUGGACUUCGACUUUGAUGUUGCUACCCCACUGUGAGCUCAGGACUGACACUGGGUGGCUUUUUCAGGUGUUCUCAGCAGGAGGUGCCAAUGUGUGCCAUGCUCCCUACCCCCUCCCUCUUGCACAGGCAUGGACAUCCAGUGUUCAUGUGGCUGAGUUUUAUGACAAUGUGUGUUUAACUAUGAACUACUGUAAGCCUAGGAGAACUAUUUUGUAUUUUCCAGUAAACAAUUGUGUAAGCAGGUAAUACUGUGAAAAGUCUUG